AUCUGAUAUAUAAGUAUAAAUGAAAUAUAAACAGACCUGAAGGAAAUUAAAAGAAUCCAAAAGCAAUGCCAUGUCUGGAGCUUCGGAAAUAUUUACCUCAAAAAAUCUACCAUCAAAGGUAGAGAGAUCAGAAAAAAAUCCCGAGUUAGCUGAAUGGAUGUCACGCAACGGUCCUGUUUUAGGCACGCAUGAUGAAACAGUUGCAACUCAAAGGCGAAACCACGACGUUUUUAUAACUAAAAAUCCGUAUAAGAUUGGGAAAAUUGAGCAUCUAGCGCUUAACGGACCUUACGGUACGAUUCCUGUAAGAGUAUACCAUGCUUCCAAGCCUGGUCCUGCUCAUGGAGCAGCUUUGAUAUAUUUGCAUGGAGGAGGCUUUCAAGUAGGAUCAAUUGAUCAAUUCGAUAAUGCUAUGAGAAUUUUUUCUGAAGUUAGUGGUUGCCAAGUGUACAUUGUCGAUUACCGUCUUUCACCAGAAUACCAAUGGCCUACUCAAAUAACUGAAGGUGAAUUUGUUGUUAGAUGGAUUUUUGAAAACGCCAAAAAAAUAGGAGUAGACGAAAAUCGUAUUGCAUUAGGUGGCGAUUCAGCCGGAGGAAACAUGACUUGUACGAUCACCCAGAAGCUUCGUGAUGAAGGUGGACCGAAACUGGCAUUACAGAUACCUAUUUAUCCAGAGACCAAGAUGGCGUUCGAUACUAAGGCAGCAGUGGAAAAUAGAGUAGGCAACUAUGUCGAGACAGCAGGUUUAUUCCAAUUUCUAUGGAACUUACUCCCCCCAUCGGUUGAUUAUAGUCAACCGUAUGUGACGCCUUUGAACGCGAAGGACUUUAGUAAUUUACCUCGAGCCCUGUUUGUGAAUGAUGGUUUUGACAUGUUGCGUGAUGUUGGCCAUGAGUAUGCUCGCAAAUUGGCGGCUGCUGGAAACGAUCUUGUUUACAUUUACAACGCUGAUCUUACUCAUGGGUUCAUUCAAAUGGCCCCAUUCUCUAAGCGAUGUCUAGAAGCUACAGAGGAAAUUGCCUAUUACAUAGGAGAGCUCCUCAAAGCAUCAUGAGAGUAUUUUUAUAAUGUAAUAAUGAUUUUUUUUUUAAUCUCCAA